AUGAAAAAUCUGUUUUGGUUGUUGCCAUUAAUUGUUUUUUUAUUGAUUCGAGGCUUUUUAUCUCUUGAAUCGUUCUAUAAGGCCAAAAAAGUCAACACUUUUGCUCCGUCAUCGUCUCCUUUACCGCUAAUGCAGCUCGUUGUAAGAAAAUCUGGAGAGCGUGGUUUUGCCCACUAUAAAAAUUUCCUCAGGUCAUUCCACACAUUUAGUUUUGCGAAUUACUUUGAUCUACAAUAUAUGGGAUUCGGUCCCUUGCGAGUCAUCAACGAGGAUCGUGUGGAGCCUGCCAGUGGAUUCCCUCCUCAUCAUCAUCAACGAUAUGAGAUUUGGUCGUAUUUAGUGAAUGGAAAAUUGACCCACCAAGAUACGAUGGGCAAUACGGAAACCAUGUCCAGAGGCGAUAUUCAAUAUACGUCCGCUGGAACCGGUAUCGCUCAUUCGGAAUACAACAAUGAACCAAAAGGAAGCUGCGAUGCCCAUUUCCUUCAAGUUUGGGCUAAACCUGACGACAAAUAUCGUUCUCCCAUUUAUUAUACCCGUCAUCAAUCAGAAGAAGCCAAGCAUAAUCGUCUUCAACCCGUUAUUGUUCCUAAUUACACAUUUACUGAUCCCACGAAUGUAAAGUCGAAUGGUGUUCAGGUUGGUUCAAGUGCCACAACAGACGACUCUGCAAUUCCUUUUCCAGGUGAUUUGGGUAUGUGGGCAUCCAUUCUUUCUCCAGGAUCCCAGGUAACCCAUGUGUUUGGUCCUUGGAACACUACCGCUUCUCCUGUCAGAAAGGGUUACCUUCACUUUAUUCAGACAUCCGGUUUUGCUGGUCCUCGUGAUAUUUCUGUUGGCAAAGCUCAAUUGAAGAUUGGCGAUAAUGUACUACAGGAAGGUGAUGGUCUUUUUGUGAUGGACACUGAAAAGGGUUCUUCUCUGACCAUUGAAAGUGUUGGUUCCGCUGAUGCUGAAUUUGUCUUUUUUGACAUGACUGCCGAUGAUUGA